AUGCUCCCGGGGGACGGGGACAGGGCACAGGGCACGCACGGGGCCAUUCCCCCGGUGGUGGCACGGGGGGGCCCUGAGCACGGACAGCCCCUCCGCUCGGUACUGCCGGCGGAGCCCGGCCCUCGGCCGGGGCUGGGGCUGGAGCUGGGGCUGGGGCCGCCCCCGAGGCCGGGGCCGGGGCGGGGAGAGGCGGCUGGGGCGGCGGCGCCCGGCGCCGAGCGCAGCGGAGCGGAGCGGGGAUGGCAGGACCGCUGCGGGCCGCCCUGGCGCUGGGGCUGCUGGCGGCUGCACGGCCCGCACCGGCCGCGGGGCAGCGGCGGCAGGCAGAGCGCCGUUUGCCGUCUCAUCUCCCUGUUUCCACCUUCCCAAGCCAACACCUGCUCUGAGCUGCGCCUUUCCCAUUAUUUCUCGCAGCUCUUCCUGGAGAAAUACGGCUACUUCAGCGAGCCCGGCACACACAGCCCGGCCGAGUUCACCGAGGCGCUGAGGGAUUUCCAGCGGGUGACCCACCUCCCGCUCAGCGGGGUGCUGGAUGCCCCCACCCUCCAUCAGAUGGCUCUGCCGAGGUGCGGCACCCACGACGGGCACAGCCGGGCAUCGCCCUCCCGGCGCCGCAGGCGCACGGCGCAGCACGGCGGGCGCUGGUACAAGCGGCACCUGACGUACCGCGUGGUGAACUGGCCGUCCUACCUGCCGCAGCACGAGGUGCGCCUGGCCGUCAGAGCCGCCUUCGAGCUCUGGAGCAACGUGUCCUCGCUGCUCUUCUGGGAGGCGCAGGACGGCCCCGCUGACAUCCGCCUCACCUUCUUCCACGGCGACCACAACGAUGGACUCGACAACGCCUUCGAUGGGCCAGGAGGUGCCCUGGCUCACGCCUUCUUCCCCCGGCGAGGAGAAGCCCACUUCGACAGCGCCGAGCGCUGGUCCCUGCACAGCGGCAAAGGGCGCAACCUCUUCAUCGUGGUGGCCCACGAGGUCGGGCACACGCUGGGGCUGCAGCACUCCCCCGUCAAGAGCGCCCUGAUGUCUCCCUACUACAAGAAGCUCAGCAAGGAUUUUGUCCUCAGCUGGGAUGACAUCUUGGCAGUCCAGAACUUGUACGGAAAGCCCUCCAAGGGCUCGGCCAUCCAGCUGCCAGGAAAGGUCUUCACUCACUUCCAGGACUGGAACACGGACCUUUACAGCAGGGACCGACAGCAGAGGAGCCUCAGCACCUACUACUGCCACUCCUUCUUCGAUGCCAUAACAGCCGACGGGGAUCACAACCUCUACAUCUUCAAGGGCAGCCACUACUGGGUGGUGUCAGCGAGCGGCAACGCCAGCGAGCCGCGGCCGCUGCAGCCGCGCUGGCCCGGCCUCCCCGCCGGCAUCGACGCCUGCGCCUGGUCCCAGCUCAGCGGGAAGUUCUACUUCUUCAAAGGCGGGCGAUGCUGGCGCUACGCGGGCUCCAAGCUGGAGGCAGGAUUUCCCCGAAAGUGCAGCGCCCUGGGGCUCCCUCGGCACCCGGACACGGCGCUCUACUUCCAGCAGCUCCGGCGGCUCGUCCUCUUCAAAGGCCCCAAGUACUUCGUGGUGGGCGAGGAGCCGCUGGGCGUGGAGCCCUACUACCCCCGCAGCCUGCGGGACUGGGCAGGGCUGCCCCCGGGCACGGCCGGGGCUCUCACCCACCGCCACGGCUCCGUCUUCUUCUUCCGCGACCACCGCUACUGGGAAUUCGACCCGGAGGAGCUGCGGGUGGUGGCCACGGGCGACUGGGCCACGCAGCUGGCCUGGAUGGGCUGCUGGGAUGGUGACAGAGAGCAGGUGCUGCUCUGAGCACGGCCUGG